CUUCCUCCCUCUGCCUUCCUUCCCCACGGCCGGCCGCCUCCUCGCCCGCCCUCCCGCAGCCCAGGAGCCGAGGCUGCCGCGGCCGUGGCGGCGGAGCCCUCAGCCAUGGCCUCGGGCGACACCCUCUACAUUGCCACGGACGGCUCGGAGAUGCCAGCCGAGAUCGUGGAGCUGCACGAGAUUGAGGUGGAGACCAUCCCGGUGGAGACCAUCGAGACCACGGUGGUGGGCGAGGAGGAGGAAGACGACGAGGACGACGAGGACGGCGGCGGGGGCGACCACGGCGGCGGGGGCGGCCACGGGCACGCCGGCCACCACCACCACCACCACCACCACCACCACCACCCGCCCAUGAUCGCGCUGCAGCCGCUGGUCACCGACGACCCGACCCAGGUGCACCACCACCAGGAGGUGAUUCUGGUGCAGACGCGCGAGGAGGUGGUGGGUGGCGACGACUCGGACGGGCUGCGCGCCGAGGACGGGUUCGAGGACCAGAUCCUCAUCCCGGUGCCGGCGCCGGCCGGCGGAGACGACGAUUACAUCGAGCAGACGCUGGUCACCGUGGCGGCGGCCGGCAAGAGCGGCGGCGGGUCUUCGUCGGGCGGCGGCCGCGUUAAGAAGGGCGGCGGCAAGAAGAGCGGCAAGAAGAGUUACCUGGGCAGCGGGGCCGGCGCGGCGGGCGGCGGCGGCGGCGCCGACCCGGGCAAUAAGAAGUGGGAGCAGAAGCAGGUGCAGAUCAAAACUCUGGAGGGCGAGUUUUCCGUCACCAUGUGGUCCUCAGAUGAAAAAAAAGAUAUUGACCAUGAAACAGUGGUUGAAGAGCAGAUCAUUGGAGAGAACUCACCUCCUGAUUAUUCUGAAUAUAUGACAGGCAAGAAACUCCCUCCUGGAGGGAUACCUGGCAUUGACCUCUCAGACCCUAAGCAACUGGCAGAAUUUGCUAGAAUGAAGCCAAGGAAAAUUAAAGAAGAUGAUGCUCCAAGAACAAUAGCUUGCCCUCAUAAAGGCUGCACAAAGAUGUUCAGGGAUAACUCUGCUAUGAGAAAGCAUCUGCACACCCACGGUCCCAGAGUCCACGUCUGUGCAGAAUGUGGCAAAGCGUUCGUUGAGAGCUCAAAGCUAAAACGACACCAGCUGGUUCAUACUGGAGAGAAGCCCUUUCAGUGCACAUUCGAAGGCUGCGGGAAGCGCUUUUCACUGGACUUCAAUUUGCGCACGCAUGUGCGAAUCCAUACCGGAGACAGGCCCUAUGUGUGCCCCUUCGACGGUUGUAAUAAGAAGUUUGCUCAGUCAACUAACCUGAAAUCUCACAUCUUAACACACGCUAAAGCCAAAAACAACCAGUGAAAAGAAGAGAGAAGACCUUCUCGACCACGGGAAGCAUCUUCAGGAGUGUGAUUGGGAAUAAAUAUGCCUCUCCUUUGUAUAUUAUUUCUAGGAAGAAUUUUAAAAAUGAAUCCUACACACCUAAGGGACAUGUUUUGAUAAAGUAGUAAAAUUUAAAAAAUACUUUAAUAAGAUGACAUUGCUAAGAUGCUCUAUCUUGCUCUGUAAUCUCGUUUCAAAAACAAGGUGUUUUUGUAAAGUGUGGUCCCAACAGGAGGACAGUUCAUGAACUUCGCAUCAAAAGACAAUUCUUUAUACAACAGUGCUAAAAAUGGGACUUCUUUUCACAUUCUUAUAAAUAUGAAGCUCACCUGUUGCUUACAAUUUUUUUAAUUUUGUAUUUUCCAAGUGUGCAUAUUGUACACUUUUUGGGGAUAUGCUUAGUAAUGCUGUGUGAUUUUUUUCUGGAGGUUGAUAACUUUGCUUGCGGUAGAUUUUCUUUAAAAGAAUGGGCAGUUACAUGCAUACUUCAAAAGUAUUUUCCUGUACAAAAAAAAAGUUAUAUAGGUUUUGUUUGCUAUCUUAAUUUUGGUUGUAUUCUUUGAUGUUAACACAUUUUGUAUAAUUGUAUCGUAUAGCUGUAUUGAAUCAUGUAGUAUCAAAUAUUAGAUGUGAUUUAAUAGUGUUAAUCAAUUUAAACCCAUUUUAGUCACUUUUUUUUUCCCAAAAAUACUGCCAGAUGCUGAUGUUCAGUGUAAUUUCUUUGCCUGUUCAGUUACAGAAAGUGGUGCUCAGUUGUAGAAUGUAUUGUACCUUUUAACACCUGAUGUGUACAUCCCGUGUAACAGAAAGGGCAACAAUAAAAUAGCAAUCCUAAAGAAAGAUAAUGGCAGAAAGAGAUCUGUAAGCACAGCCUUAUUUCCUUCUGUUGUCCAGAAUACUUAGAAUUCUUGAGCCUCCCAGAAAUUGGAAGCUAAAUAAAGCAACUCGAGUUUCCUUUAUUUUGCACUCAGUGACAGUGACUGUGAUGAGAUCCAUGCAUGGACACUUAAUAUUUCCUACACGCCCUGAAUUCCGAAGGAGUAGGCAGUAGGCACCCUGAGCUAAGGAACUACCUCAGAGUACACCAGAUGGCCCAUGGCCAACAGGAUUGCCCUUGAUAUCUUGGUGCGUGUGGGAGUGAUGCAUUUGCGUGGAGCCUGAUGCUUUCUGAAUGGAAGGCACCAACUGGCAGUGGGUGUACCAAGGGAGGACGGGCCUUUCUUCUCAUCACUCAGGCUGCCUUCAAGGGCAGUGGCUCCUUGGCUUGUCCAAUAGGAAAUCCAGUGCAGUCCUUAUUAGAUGCUAGCAGCUGUAGCAAUUGAGUGCCAGUAGCUGAUGCUUGUAAACACACUAAGUGCAGAGCGGCAAGGCGAUUAGAUUAUUAGAAAGUUGUACUCAGUGAGUACUUGACUUGUCAUGUUGUGACCUCUUCAAUGUAUGAGUAUAAUUUUUGAAUUUAAAGUCAAAUACCAGACUUGUUAAAUAUUUUAUAAACUGCCGUGAUACAUCAAAUUUUCAUUUAUUCAAAAUGCAAACCUAACUGUCUGUCUUUCUGUGCUGAAUGCUUAACUACAAAGUAAAUGACAAACCAAUACCAGAUUUAGUCACAAAGAGGCUGGGAGACCAACCGGUCGAACACUUAGCCUGAUUUCUUAUGGCCUCACCAGGAGGAUUGGUGACCUAGAAACAGUGACCCCGUGGCUCUGUGGAAUUUUGAAGUGCCUUCUGAACCAUAAAUGAAAAUCGUAACUUGGGACACUUGUUUUUAUUCGUCCAGAAUCUGUUAUCCAAUGAGUAGUUGACGGGACUGAGUUCAUCAGCAGACCGAGCUGUGCUUGGAUGACAGGCUUUGCUGUGCCUGGCAGUCAGGAGAGAGGUAAGCCUGAGGAGGGGGCCCCUUCCGAGCCAAGUGCCCCAUGUGAUUCUCUGCCAGGCCUGGGCAGAGCUUCAUCCGUGCUUUUGUGAGCACCCAGGCCUUCGCUCCCUACCAUCAGGUAGAGCUUUCCCAAAUGCCCUGCAGUAGGAGUCCAGAGCCACGUUGCCCACCCUAACCCAGUGUUGUGCCACCUUUGAGCCUGGCCCUGGCACUUCCUCAAGACCCUUGCCCAAGGCUCCACAGCAGAGCAGACCUGUGCAGUGGGCCUGCCAGCCACCCUGAGAGUCAGGCCUAUGUAUGGAGUGAGGCCUCAUCCUCUGUGCCUUGAUUCCUUGGGAGAUGCUCUCAGCCAUCUCUUCUGUCCCUUUCUGUCUGAGUGGAACAGUCAUCGUCUUUGCCCUUUCUGUGUUAGCAUUGUCUUCUCAGUGUGCAGUUAACUUCUGUUAGGAGUUCAUUUGGGGGUUCAAAGACAGCUUGGUAUGAAGGUCCUUGCUGACUGCAGUUUGGGCUUAGGACAGCAGCAUAGGGAACUAACAUGAGUGGCAGUGGCCAGAGGAAAGCUGCUUCUCAUUGGCUUUGGCUUAAACCCAUUUUGCUUGUUAGAAUUUAUUAUUUUGUUAUACAUGUAAUUUACUAAAAUUUGAAAUGGUGUUCUAACAGUGAGUCCAUUGUCUAGAGAAUUAAUCUGAUUUGUAAGUAAUACCGAUAGACAUAUUUUCUUACAUCUGAGCAGAAAUAAAUGCAUGUUUUUAGCAAAUGUAAUGUAAAAACUCCAGAGGAUAAGUUUACACCUAAUAAGAUGUUGUUUUCUAUUUUUGAAUUUGUUAUUUGCCCCUCUUUGGUAGUGGGGUUGGGGGCAUAUUAUCUGUAUACAGAGCUGUCACUCCAGAGUGACAUUGAUUUCCAACAGAGAUGCUGAGCUCACGCCGUGCUGGUCCCAUGCGAUGUGUGUGCUUUGUCCAGACUCCAGGCCGGAGGAGCUGAGGAAAACCCAAGACUUUUCCCCCCUAUUUGGUUUCCAUGCACAGGUUCUUCUGAAUGCCACUUGUUUUGCUAAGUUUGGGGAUAGAAGACCUUUUGAGGGAUUGGUAUGUGCAAUGCUUGCCCAUGUUUCUAGGCAGAGUUGUAGCUGGUGUCUCCAUAGCGAUGAGAACCUAUUGUCAGUGAGGUGUGUGGUGCUCCAAGGGUGAUACGGUGCUGGCCUGGCUUAGCACCCACCCACCUUCCCACUCUGCAGGACUCACCUGUGGUAUAACCUCAGAUCACUCACACUAGAGUGUAUGUCUAUGACCCAGGAAGUCUUGCCCCCUAAUUUUACCUACUCCCCACACAGGCAGAGACCUGACUGCUUCUACCUUUCCUCUGUGCUCCAGAAUUGGCUUAAUUUUGUCAGUCUACAAUGUUCAUGUUUUCUCUCAACAUCUAGCCUACAGCAAGAGCAGGGUCUUCGAGGGUCAGAACAAGGGGUGAGCACAGAGUUGCCAGUAGAUGCCAUUACUACUAAAGGCUUCGUCCUAGCAGCCCUUUGCUAGCCCAGAUUGUUCGGCUCCAGCCAUAAGAGGCCCCUAUCUGACUUUGCGGCUCCUUGGUGUUAGUGUGACUUUAGCACCUUCCAGAGCCCAGGCCUAACAGGGCCUGGCAGAUGCACUCCACCUAAGAUUUCAGCUGAGUUUAGGAAGUCAGAACUCCCGAGGCAUAUGUGCUUGCUUGCAACUCUGGGUGAACACCUCAUCUGCUCUUUGGCUGGUUAGAACAAAGGGUACUUCAUGCUUCAAAUCACUCACCUCCCAGCAGCAUUGACCAGACUGAUUAGGUCUCCAAAGUACUGACCUUUUUUUCCCACCGCUUGUCACUGUUCUCAGGGUGUGCUCAGGUGCCUUGCUUGCCUCAGAUGGCUUAAGUACAGGCCCUUCAGAUGAGUGGCACCAGGCGGGAGAGGAUAGAUGUGUGGCUAAGAGGCUUCCUGGCAUCUUUGGGCCUAAUUGGUCCGUAUGGUGCCAGGAAGAUCAUCCUCCAGCUGGGACAUUAUUUAGACUUUAGAGGAAGGUUGGGUGGCAGUUGUGAACAAAUGUCACUCUGUCCCUUAUAAAACCAGUAAGGGAGCAUUGGGGCUGGAUGUUGGCAGCAGGUCAUCGGGCAGGAUGCACCUUCCACAGACUGGUACAAGGUGUGCCCAGCCAGCAUUCUGGAACCCGUUGAGGAAGGGGAUGUAUUAAUUGGCAGCACAUUGUCUGGCAUUCCACGGAGUGGCAGGUUUGAUGAUACUACUUAAGGCCACUCAGACACCCCAAGAAAUGACAUUGGGGAUGGGCAGCUGUGCUGGGUUGUUAUCUCCUGCCUGGGGCCACAUGGUGUCUACAUACAUACAUAGCGUAACGGAGGGGAGAAUGUGUCAGUACCGGAGUCACCUCUUUCAUAAUGCCAGCAGCUGUUAGACUCUGAUGUCUACAAAUGACAAGAAAAGUUGUGUUUUCAUUUUCUGGGAACUCCUAUAGGCCUUGGCUCAAGGAUUUUGCAUUGUGUGUCAUGUACAUCUUUUUAAGUGUUCUUUGCUGUUCUGGAAUUGUCCUUGGUUUUUCCUUAGCUCAUAGAUCAUAGACACAAAAAUAUUAUAGUAUUUAAAGCAUCCGCAUCAAGCAUCAGAUGGCUUCGCAUCCAGGAAAACAUAACUCAGUUUGAAGCACCAAGCAUGUAUAACAUGGCUCUAUACAAUACAAUAAACGCUAAUGUUAAGCUUUUUAA